CUCAAACAAAAUCACGACACAUACCAUACACUUCAGCUAUCCGCAGUCCUUUCCCCGGAUUAAUCGUCAAUUCUAGCAUCCCCCAAAAAACCAACCAUCAACCAUGGCCGAGGAACACCGCCACCACCUCUUCCACCACAAGAAGGAGGACGAGCCACCCGUCGAGGCCGCCGUCUACUCCGAGACUGCCUACGGCAGUGGCCCUGACAGCGCUUAUGCCGAGACCACCGAGGCGGUCGCCUAUGCUGAGCCCGAGGUCGAUUACAAGAAGGAGGAGAAGCACCACAAGCACCUCCAGCAGCUCGGUGAGGUCGGCGCCGCCGCCGCCGGCGCUUAUGCCUUGUAUGAGAAGCAUGAGGCCAAGAAGGACCCAGAGCACGCCCACAGGCACAAGAUAGAGGAGGAAGUAGCAGCAGCCGCCGCCGUCGGGGCCGGCGGGUUCGCCUUCCAUGAGCACCACGAGAAGAAGGAGUCCAAGAAAGAAGAUGAAGAGGCUCAUGGCAAGAAGCACCACCAUCUCUUCUAAACCAUGGAUGACCGCCGCCGUCUCUCUCUUCUUUGCUUUGUGUCUUGCUUAUGUAAUUUUGCUUCUCUAACCAAGCACGCUACAAGCCAAGAGACUGCCCUCAAUCGUCGUCGGACUUCUGCAGAGGGUUGGUCUUGAAUCUUGAAUCUGCUGCUUGUUAAUGCUUCCUGAGAGUGAUUAUGUGUGUGUUUGGGCUUGUCUUGCACCGGUUGUAUCUCGGGUGUCUAAUAAAAUUAUCUUAUGAUGA